UUCCGCAGGCACGCGCAACGAUAGCCGGAAGCAUCGAUGGGAGGAAAAUAAAUAUCGAUUAAUUUCAGUGUAAUUUUCGAGGGUAAACCUCUUACUUUUGGCCGUUUUAGAGAACGUAGGUUGGGACGUGUCGGGUUUUAAGGCCGGCAGCGUGCUGGAGGGGACGCUACAGAGCAGAGGAGCUGCUCCGUUUGGACCAAGUUGCUCGGCAGGGGUUUAGCUGACGUGUGGAGAAGUUGAGACAUCCAGAGAGCAGAUAAACAAACAUAAACAAGCAGAGAUCGGCCGAGUGCGCCUUCGAACCGAACCGGCAACCCGCAGAGAUGUCAGGGAGAGCGAGUGUCCUGGUUUGAUGCCGACGAUGGUCCACAGGACACCGUGACUCGCACUGAUUCGAGCUCCAUGUUAACUGUCAACAGUGGAACACAAAGAAUUUGGCAAACAGCACGAGGACAUUAGCAGACUGAUCCCGAGUCAGUGGUGUCAGAAGUGGGAUUAACAUGGCCCACCAGGCAACCCCGAGUUCCCAGAAGGCCCUGAUGAUGGAGCUGAAGUCUCUGCAGGAGCAGCCUGUGGAGGGCUUUCGCAUCACUCUGGUGGACGAGUCUGACCUCUACAACUGGGAGGUGGCCAUCUUUGGCCCCCCAAACACCCUGUACGAAGGCGGCUACUUUAAGGCUCACAUCAAGUUUCCUGUGGAUUACCCAUACUCCCCACCUACCUUUCGCUUUCUCACCAAGAUGUGGCACCCUAACAUUUAUGAGAAUGGAGAUGUGUGCAUUUCCAUUCUACACCCACCUGUUGAUGACCCUCAGAGCGGGGAGCUGCCCUCUGAAAGAUGGAACCCCACCCAGAACGUCAGGACCAUCUUGCUCAGUGUAAUCUCACUGCUUAAUGAGCCCAACACCUUCUCACCUGCUAAUGUGGACGCCUCUGUCAUGUUUCGCAAAUGGAGGGACAGCAAAGGCAAAGACAAGGAGUAUGCAGAGAUUAUCAGGAAACAGGUGCUGUCGACGGCAGCGGAGGCAGAGCGUGAUGGCGUCAAGGUCCCGACAACGUUGGCGGAAUACUGCGUCCAGACCAGGGUUCCCUCCCAGGACAGCAGCUCAGACCUCCUGUAUGAUGACCUCUAUGAUGAUGACAUGGAGGAAGAGGACGAGGAAGAAGAUGAGAGCGAGAUGGAGUCUGUAGGUGAAGCUGGGGGGUCCUGCAGCAUGGAAGACGGUGGGACAUCCACCAGAUGUUACGACAACCAGGAUGACUCUGGCAACGAGGAGUCAUGAUGAUCUGAUUGACAAAUCCUCGCUGCCACCCCUUCCCCGCGCCCCUUCUUUUAUUUGUCUUUGUACAAUUUUGAAAACGUGUGUGUGAGCAUAUACAGUGGGGUCCAAAAGUCUACUGCCAAAAACUUUCAUUGUUUGUUAAAAACAUAACAAUAGUACAAAAUUUUUGAUCAAAUCCUUGUUGGUACUGUUGUCACUUAAAGUCAGAAUUUCUCAAGGUGUAGUGUUUCUACCAUUUGCCUUAAUUACAACGUACACGCUUGGAUGAUUUCUAAACAUUUGAGUAUUUCAAUUGCAACUGAAAGUAAUUAGUGAUAUUUUUUUCCAGACUACGUCAUAUAGUUUUGAUGUCUAAAUGGUACUAUAUUUGGUCUCCGAUGGAACAAUCCAGUACACAAAGUAGAGAAAAUAAUUUAUGCUUUUACUUGCAGCUAAUCUACAGAUGCGUGGCAUGUUAAAGAAAAAACUGAGUGUUUUAGUGAGGUGUUGUGUCACCAUGUGGCUCCAGAACAGCUUUAAUUUUUUAGAAUGCUGAUGGAGGGAUGGAACACAGUUAGCUGUUCCCACAUUUGGUGUUUUGACGAUAAUGGUUGCCAGACACGUUGGUCCAAAAUGUCACACAGUUGUUCGGCUGGGUUGAGUUCUUGUGGCUUUGUUUAUACAUAUCACAGAGUAUGAUUAGAUGUUCAGUGCUGAAUUACGAGCUCGCGUCGUCGUCUUGUAUUGCACAUUGGCUGAAUGAAUGAGCGACACGAGCAGUGUACACUCCUGAGUUAGCAGGCUAGCUAAUUAUCUUGACAUUUAUAUUAUAAAUGUCAAGAUAUAAAUUUUAUAUCCACUAAAAAUGUAACAGGUUAAAAACAGGUCUAUAAAUAUUUGAACAUUUGGCAGAGAUGUCAUAUUAACUACGUAUCUACCACACCAUAGGCAAUUUGAAGCAAAUGAUAAAUGAAUCUGAUUGGGUUCAACAAUUUUUAUUUUUAGUCCCUGUUCUUAUUGGGACAAAUGAAUUAUCAGUUUCUAUACAUAGUUGCAAAUUCAUUAUAGUUGCCUGAAGUCUGGAACCCAUAGACAUCUGCCGACACUGGGACUUUUUUUUUAGAUGUGUCUUCACUUCCUCUUUGUUUUUGAGGCAUUUUGGUUUCAGAAGGUGGAAAUGAACUUGACCACUGGGAGACCAUUCCAUAUCUUUUGGUGCUUUCUCAUUUAUGUUUGGGAUCAUUGACCAUCGGCACUGAUGAUGUGUUUUGAAGAAUGUGACCGUAUGCAAGCAGGUCAUUUAGUCCCAAAG